GCAGCACCGCCGGUCCACGGCCCUCGCUUUCCCCCGGUCCCCCCAGGCACACGCACUCACGCACGGGUCCAGUCACUGUCUGAAAGACUGCGUAACCCCUCGGCCGGCCAGAUCUCUCGCACCGUGCCGGGCGUUCCCCAAGCGCUUCCAACACGCUUCGCUUUCAUUGACGCUUUCAAGCUGCUUGUUGCAUGUCCCAUUCCAUCCAGCCAGCCGGGCGACCACCCCGUGCCUCUCGCCGCUCGAAUAUCUCUCCUUUCAUCCUUUCUCUCCUUUUACAUCCCCCACUUCAUAACCUCCCAUCCAUCACUCGUUACACUGUCUGACACGUCACAAAGCACACCUCCCCCCUGUCCAUUGACACAUCUACACUAACGCAAAAAUGUCGUUCAAGAGCAAGGACCUUCUUCAGCAGAUCAGCAAUGGCCUGAAGGGCAUGAGCGACAAGGAGAAGAAGGACAUCAUAAAGAAGACCAACGGUGUCUUCGAGUUGCACAUCAAGAAGGGCAGUGACGAGCUCGUCUACACCAUCGACCUCAAGAAGGAGGGCGAGGCAUAUGAGGGCAAGGCCAAGGGCAAGGCUGACGUGACCAUCAACACUGCCGACGACACCUUUAUGGACAUGGCCGAUGGCAAGCUCAACGGCCAAAAAGCCUUCAUGAGCGGCAAACUUAAGGUCAAGGGUAACAUUAUGCUUGCUACCAAACUCGACAGCGUCCUCAAGGCUCAGAAGGCCAAGCUCUAAGGAAAAAUCUACCUUGCUUUGUCUGCUCCUUUGCGAGGCAUAGCUGUGGACGCUGGCGACACCCAAGAGAGCGAGAGCGCAUGCCCUCGUUGCCGCUGGCUGGCCUUUGCUUUUGAAUGAUCAUCUGCAGCGCAAUAUUCAUUCUGCCGUCAACGGAUCUGAAAGGGAAGAUGUGAUAUGAUGAUAUGAAGGGAGGAUAAAUGCUGCGAUGACAUGGGCGCCCGCCGCUCGCUUCCUCGUUUGUUGCCUGCUUUCUGCGGCUCGGCGGUGUAGUCAGGCUGUAUUUUGACCUACAGCACGCGUUUCAAUGGACUGUAGGGGCACGGACUAAAUGGACACAAUCAGUAUCCUAAAAGGCCUUGACAUAAUUGGGAAUCAUCCAUUGCUACAGCGUGAC